CUUGAUUAUCAACAGCCUACGAGUAGCCUUUUGUCGUAGUUGACCACACUACACCAUUGGGGAAGCGUAUACACAUUCUUGGUAUGGGAGACCAACUAACGCCUACAAGUGCCACAAGACUUACAAUACUACGGAGCAGCUCGUAUCCAGAGAUAUCUCAACAGGAGGGGUUUUGUGGUCGUUCGCUCAGUCCAUCUAGCAAAACACCUCUGUCCAUUCUCUCAUUAGAUAAAGUCAGCCACGGAGUUCAUGUCAGCAUCGACAUGCCUUUAGAUUCUCAUCUCAACUCUGAUAGCCAUCGCGAUAACUACCCUAGUGAUAAACACAAACAUAGAAGUCUAUCAGUAAGUCGUCAACAACUACGAGUUGUUAGCAGCAAAAUUGUUGGUGGGGCAAAAAAAAGCGUCAAAGCAGUUGAAUCGGUGUUUGACGACUUUGUAAGUUUCCUAAAUCGCGGCAAUGUCAUGGAUCUUGCUGUGGGUGUAAUCAUGGGAGGCGUGUUUACCGCAGUUGUUACUUCGUUUGUAGUGGAUCUGGUUACACCAAUUAUUGGACUAUUAACACAAAGCAAUCUUGAAAACACCUAUGUGAUACUAAGGUGUCCAGCCAAUGACACUCAAUGCAGCAACGCAGUCAGAUGGGGAACGCCAGUUCAAGCAAACAUUGCUGGAGCUGUAACUUGGAACUAUGGAAAAUUCAUUCAGACAUGUAUAAAUUUUCUAAUUACAUCUGCAAUCAUAUUUUUCAUGGUCAAGACUUAUCUUGUUGAUGGUGCUUUAGUUUAUACAGCAGCAUUUAGAAAAAGAAGAAAAGAAACCGUCAAAACAUGUCUAUUUUGUACCAAAAGUAUUCCCAAAAAAGCCCAACGGUGUCCCGAAUGUACAUCCACAUUAGAAACCCCUGAAGAUCAUACAGAUGAGCAUAUAUCAAAGCGACUCAAGAUCAUGGCAGCAAUCAAACAGUUUCAUCUACCUUUAUCGAAAACAGCAGCGUCAAUAUCACCCGAGGCUAAAAAACCUGCAUCAGGUUGGGAUCGUAUACUCAAAAAGCAAAUAAAAUAA